UAUUUUUUUAAGUUUCUCAUUUUAUCGACAGGAAUAAUUAUUAUGUUAGGAAAUGUGAUAAAUAGAAUUAUAAAAACAUUCCCCUGCUUAAAUAAUGGUAUCACCCAUAAUCUCUUUGAAUUAGCUCAGUCCCACUAGUUUGUUUGCGUGCUUGGCUUGGCUAGCUGCUGUGCUAAAUAUCCAGCUGUACUUAGGCCUAAUACAAUUUUAUAUGCAAGCCAAGUCAGCAAGAGAUAGUUACAUAUCUAACUGCGUGGACUGAAAAGGCCUGUGAAAUUACUUUAUAACAAACAGCGAAUUUUAAACUGUAUUAAUAUCAUGGCUAAUGGACAAAUAAAUCAUCCUGAGCCUUUGGAACGGCAUCCGGGAAAUGUAGAAGAGGAUGAAGAAAAUCAGGAAAAUGUCAGUGAAGAGCACGAGCAAGACGAAGUCGAUGACGAUGUGUCAACAUCAGAACAAGACGAAUGUUUGGACGUGGAAGAUAUAAUGGAGCAAGAUUAUUUAGCAUUGGACCAGACCUUAGACCAAAUUGAUUCCUGCCUGGACCAACUUGAUCAGAAGAAUGAUGACCUAAAUGCUAAGUUAAAGGAGCUUUUGGCAGCUAGCCGUCAGGAAUAUGAGGAACUUACUUCAGCCAGGUUAGCCAGAAGUGCAGGUUCUGGUGAUGAUCAGGGCCCUCAGGAUUCGUGCUGACAGUGUGAUCAGUUCCAAGAUAUAAACAUUCCAUUUAAAGGCAUAUCAAUCAUUACAAAACAGGAAUAACCGUCUUUCUGAGGAUUUUAUCUAAGAAAUUUGUGUGUAGCUACUUGGUGGUCCAACAAAACAAUCAAAGGUACAAAGACUAGGUUUGGGCCCAUUACCUGCAACAUGUAUGAGACAUUUGGGGAUUUCGAAUUAUGUGUACCUUUGGCAUCGGUUUUGGCCUAAUUUUUAUACCACCACAGCACCAGACUAAGUUAAAAGGAAGCUGGAUCUAUAAUAAAUAAAGACAGACCUGACUUGGUAUUUUUAGCUAUCAAUGAUAUGAUUGGAUGUAAACUCACACAUUAUAGCUAGGGAAGGCAUUCUAACUUUUGCUUCCCACACCAACACAAAACUUCAAAUAACCUAUUAUCAAAGUUAAGGAUGAUGCCAGAUUGCAAAGUUCUUGCCCCAAAAGUGAAAGCAUUGGUUGUGUAGCAGUUCUGACUCUUGCAAAAAAUCAGAGGGUCAUGAGUUUAAUCCCACUGCACCCAGUGUCUUUUGAUAAAGUACCACAUGCUAGACUACUCUACAAGCUGCAACACUAGCAGUAAUGAUAAAAUUCACCAACUGGUGGAUUGCAGAUUUCCUCACAAAUCAGAGUCAACAAGUUGUUCUUGAAGGAAGUACAUUUGAUACUGCACAAGUCACAUUUGGCAUACCACAAGGGAGCAUCAUUGGGCCGCUGCUCUUCCUGCUGUUCAUCAACUACCUUCCAGAGUAUGUCUUAGCCAGCUGCACAGCAUGUACAUGACAUAUUGGAAGAUCAGCUCGGAUGUGGACUCUGAACGACUGCAGCAAGACCUGGAGGCCUUACAAACAUGGGAAAGUGACUGGCUUAUGCCUUUCAACCCACAGAAGUGCAAUGUUUUGCAUGUGACCAACAAGAGAAAACCUGACAAAUGGACUAACAGCAUCCAUGGACAGCCUCUUGAGUCAGCUGAAAAAGCUAUAAAGUAUCGAGGUGUUCAUCUCAAGAGCAACCUAAACUGGACUGAGUGGACUCAUCAUAAUCAUAUUAAAGCCAUAACCAAGAAAGCCAGCUCUGUCAGCAAAACAUCAGCCCAUGUCCAAGGAAGACUAAGACCUAAUGCUACCUGGCUUUAGUAUGCCCCAUUUUAGAGUACCGGUAUACUAAUGUUGUGUUGGACCCUUACUCCCAAGACA